AUGUCAACCAAGACCACGAAGCGUGUGGUGGUUGUGGGAGCUGGGCCAUGCGGUCUGGUCGCAUUGAAGGAGAUGCUUGAACAGGGUCACGAUGCCACGAUCUACGAGCGAACAGACAGGUUAGGGGGUGUUUUCGCCAGUGCUGCAGCAUACCCGAAUCUUCACCUCACCAUCACAAAUUGGGCAAUGGCGUUCUCUGACUUUCCCGAUCCUUCAAGGCUGCAGUAUCCAACGGCGGAAGAGUAUCUUAGAUAUUUGCAAGCCUAUACAGACCACUUCGACCUCGAGCGUCACAUUCAAUACCGGGCUAGUGUCGCUGCUGCAAAGUUGAGUCCCGAAGGCUCAUGGUCUCUGCAUGUCCAGCGAUCAUCCGAUGAAGGAGUGACCGACGUCAGCAUCGAAGUAGAUGCUCUGAUCGUGGCCACAGGUGCUAGUCAAUGUCCGAAGCCAAUACCUCCUGAACUCGGUGGAUUCAAUGGUCGUAUGAUCCACUCGUUCCAGUACGGCGAAGAGUUUAAAAGGUCUGUCGCAAACAAGUUGCAGAGGGUCCUGGUGGUCGGGGGAGGAGAAAGUGGUGCGGAUAUUGCAGCCGAACUAGGUGAGGUAUCUCCCAAUGUGAGCGUUUGGCUGCGACGGCCACUCUGUGUUGGUCCACGUUACCUCAACAACCGUAAUGAAUUGGAACAGAUUCGAAGGAACCAGACGACCGACUUUCCUGCCAACGGAUUUCUCGAGGCAGCAACAACGUCGAGGAUGAGUGCAGGGCAGAAUGUGUUCAUGUAUGGUCUUUUCCGAAGACUCUUAUGGCAUGCUCCGGUACUUAACAACACCUUGUCGCGCAUGUGCUUGGACUCCACCAAAUCAGCCUUCAUCCGUAAUGAUCAAGCGACGUAUGUCACCAAGAACCAGCGUAUGUGUGAAGCAUUACACGACGGAAAAAUUGGAGUGAUAGUCAGUCGCAACAUUUCGUCGGCAGGGAGAUAUUGUACCUUUGAAAUGCACGAUGGCACAACGGAGACCAGAGAGUUUGAUGCGAUAGUACUUUGUACUGGGUACGGAGUACAAUUCCCCUGGAUUCGGCUCUCGGAGGAGUUCUGCUUUUCAUUCAACCCGCGGUCAUGGUUUCUGCAUUGCUUUCCACCAAAACUGGGUCACUGUCUCUUCUUCGUGGGCUAUACGAGACCUCAUCAAGGUGGCAUUCCGGUGAUGGCAGAGAUCCUGAGCCGCUAUAUCGCUCUGCUGCUUACCGGGGACAGGAGACUUCCCAUCGACUACAGGGCUCGAGCACAAAUCGACGCAAGAGCCGAGCGCGAAUACUAUUUCUUGAGCCCUGACCUCAACACGUUGGUGGACUAUAAUGCCUUCCUGGAAAGUGUGGCUCGCCGCAUUGGCUGCGAGCCCAAGCUACCUUGGAUUGUUCUCAUUCUCUUCAACAUUCAUAUGGCAAGCAUUGUCCUGUGUACUGUGUCGAUCUGCGCGUUUGAAAACUCGUUCCUGAGUAUCCCACACAGUGUUCUCUUGUGGGCUUUGUCGGCGGUCGGAUUCUUCUUGUUCGACAAUGGAGUAUUGCUCAAAUGGUGGUUUUACCCACAUUGGGCAGUAUGGUACCGGCAGCAAGGACCCGGGGCCAGUCCACAAUUGGUGAAACAAAUGCUCGCGCGUGUGAAUCUCUGGAAUUCAACGGCAAUAACCCGAGGGUUCUUUCUUCUCGUCCUCUGGUCAGUGCCAGCAUACUAUGUGCAAAGGCUGACCACCAUCAUGGUACUCGCCGUAAAGGCAAUCGUGGCAGCAGUGGGUAUCCAGGUGCACCCGUACUGGGCAACUCAAUGGCUUCCGAAGCUGUACUCUUUGCACGAUUGUCCGAUGCAUUUGUCAGAUACCUUCCUGCCAUGA